GCAUUCGGAGUCGCGUGGUAAUGACGUCACCGAUGCUAACGUUGUUAUGCUAACGGAACAGCUCCCUGUCCACUAGCGAUAUGGCGGCACUGGUUCGAGGCCUACGCGCUGGAAGAGGCUUGCUGGGUCUCGGCAGCGCAGUGGUCCAGAACCAUCCUCGUCCCCAGUACAGCGCACUGAGACGUGCCAUCCAUUCUGCUGCCAUCCUUAGAUUUACAGAUGACACUAAAAUUCACCAGAACACACGGCCGCCGUCCGACUACGAACACCAGCAGACCCAGAAUUCAGGAACGAGUCAGGCGUUUUGCUCCACAGAGAAAACCGGUUCAUCUGAUGCUCGGCAGGACGAACCACAGUCUAACACCAGUUAUCAGGAUCAGGGCGGUGAGCAGGCAGAGGAUUAUGAGACUGAGGAACAGCUGCAGUCUCGUAUCCUGACCGCUGCGCUGGAGUUCGUCCCUGAGCACGGCUGGACUGUGGAGGCCAUCGCUGCCGGAGCAGAGACUCUCUGCCUGUCGGCUGCCUCUGCUGGGAUGUUUAAUAACGGCGCAGGAGACUUGGUGCUACAUUUCAUCAGCCAGUGCAACGCUCAGCUCGUGGACAUUCUGGCAGAGCAGAAUAAUCAGGUCCAACUUGGACAUGCAGAAAAGAAGACAACGGCAGAGUUUCUGAGGGACGCAGUCGAGACACGCCUCCGGAUGCUGAUUCCGUACAUCGACACUUGGCCACAGGCCAUGAGUACACUGCUGCUUCCUCACAACAUCCCAGACAGCCUGAAGCACCUCUAUACCAUGGUGGAUGACAUCUGGUACUACGCAGGAGAUCGCUCCACAGACCUAAACUGGUACACGCGACGUGCAGCAUUAACAGGGAUCUACAACACCACAGAGCUUGUGAUGCUGCAGGACUCAUCCCCUGACUUCGAACAGACUUGGACCUUCCUCAACAACCGUAUCCAGGAUGUGGUGAACGUAGCCAACACGGCUAAACAGGUGCAGUCGACAGGAGAGGCAGUAGUUCAGGGGCUGAUGGGUGCUGCAGUCACGCUGAAGAACCUCACAGGCUUGAACCAGAGACGAUAAACCAGCCUCCGGGUCCUGCAUUUCAUCUGUCUCGCUCUGUAACCACCAGCACAUUCUGAACGUCUAACACUCUGCUCAUUCUCCAUUGUGAGGAUCGCUUAAGUCACUUUGCUGUUAUUUUAAAUGUAGUUUAGUUGAGGAGAUUAAAUUGUGCGCUUCAGUCACAUUUAAAUAGUGUGCCCAAGCUCUCAAGUCUGACUGAUCUGUACAGUUAUCUGUAAAGUUAACAGCUUUACACUGCUUUGAGAAACGGUGCUUCAGAACACAAUGAUGGGCUUUUGAUUCAGUGUUGUAUAUUAAGGUUAAUCAGCUCUGAAUCAGACCAUUACCUUUGUUUUUGCUCCCUGUAUAAACGUUUAAAGCAAAAUAAAUAUAUAUUGUACUUGAAAUUAAAAGUUUUCUUGAAAAA